UGCUACUUCAUCUGCAGCUUGUCGGGCAGGGACAUACGGACCCGCUGUGCAAAGACGUGUAACGAGGGAUGUAAACCAGGGUCGUGCGACCACGUGACCGGUGACUGUGACUGUAAAGAUGGAUGGACAGGUUGGCAAUGCGAAAACCACUGUGAUACCGGGACAUAUGGACAAAACUGUAACGCGAGGUGUAACCCAGGAUGUAAAUUAGAGUCCUGCAACCACGUCACCGGUUACUGCAACUGUAAAGACGGAUGGACAGGUGGUCGUUGUAAACAAACUUGUCGGGCUGGGACAUACGGACCCCGCUGUGCAAAGACGUGUAACGAGGGAUGUAAACCAGGGUCGUGCGACCACGUGACCGGUGACUGUGACUGUAAAGAUGGAUGGACAGGUUGGCAAUGCGAAAACCGUUGUGUUGCUGGGACAUACGGACGCAACUGUACAAAGACGUGUAACGAGGGAUGUAAACCUGAACACUGCAACCGCGCCACCGGUGAUUGUAACCACAAGUGUAAAGAUGGAUGGACAGGUUGGGAAUGUCUGAACAAAUGCAGGAACGGGCGGUAUGGACCAAGAUGUAACAACUGGUGCCGCAGUCAAUGUAGGAGUUGCCACCAUGUCACAGGGAAGUGUGCCGGUAACUGCCUUUCUGGGUGGCAUGGGGAAAACUGCUCUUCACAAUGUCGACCAGGCACAUAUGGCAAGGAUUGCAUGAAUCAGUGUCAUGAAGGAUGUCAACCUGAGAAAUGCGACUCAGACAAUGGACAUUGUGGCACUUCCUGUAUAGCCGGAUGGACUGGAGAAAACUGUGUUGAUGUCUGUUCCCCUUGGACAUACGGAGAGAACUGUCUGCUGGACUGCUCCAUGGGAUGUGUCAACCAGACUUGUGACAGAACCACUGGGCGUUGUGACGUGUGUCUAGAUGGAUGGGAACACGAAGACCUGAACAUAACGAGAUGCGACAAAGAGUGCGACAAUGGAAGGUAUGGCGAAAAGUGUAAGGAAGAUUGCAACAUCCACUGUAUCAAUGCCACGUGUCACCAUGUGAAUGGCUCCUGUACUCAUGGCUGUCUGAACGGAAGAAGUGGCGAGUAUUGUGCAGUUUUUGAAGCCGGCCCCCAGAAUGUAAAUCUCAUCGUUGGACUCCUUCUCUUUCUAAUCGUCAUGAUCGCACUUGUCAUGUGUGUUGUUUUCUUUAGAGAGCCGUUGAGAAGAUUUAGGGACAAAAAGAUUGAAGAAAGGAGUACUAACGGGAUUAACCUACCUAUGGCAGCCCGUGGAGGCCAAGAUGCAUCGGAACAUGUGGCCGCCAACGACGAAGACGAGGCUAUCUAUGUCAAUGUCCCGAGUAGUGUUCCAGUGGCAGUCAGUGCCUUCAAGGAAUUCGUUGCCAGGAAGAAAGCAACAAAGGAAAUCUUGGUGAAAGAGUAUGCUGAACUCCCUAAAGGCCUGACGGCUAUUCACGACAAAGCAGUGACGCAAGUGAACAGCACGAAGAAUAGAUUUAAAGGAAUUUACCCGUAUAACCACUGUCUGGUAGUUCUGAAAGGGAAUGGUGGCAGCAGUGGCUACAUAAACGCCAGCUACAUCGAUGGACGAACAAGGGGAAAACAGUACAUCGCAACACAGGGUCCUCUGCCUAACACUGUUGUGGACUUCUGGAAGAUGAUUUGGCAAGAACAGGCCCCUGUCAUUGUCAUGCUGGCCAAUAUCACGGAAGAUGGGAGGAGACGCUGUGAGCCGUAUUGGCCCAAUGAACAAGGAGAGGACACCAAGACGUUCGGCCCCUGGAAGAUUACAGUGGCUGACUCCUGUCCUCUGGCUGACUUCACCAUCAGAACACUCACGAUAAAGAAGGGAGGCAUGCAGAGGACGGUGAAACAUGUUCACUACAUGGUGUGGCCUGACAAGGAUGUGCCAGACAACACCAUGUCUCUGGUGGAACUCAGGAACAAAGUCAGGACCUUCUGUGACUUCGCCCAAGGACCCAUGGUCGUACACUGCAGUGCUGGUGUGGGCAGAACAGGAACCUUGAUUGCUCUGGACUCCCUGAUAGAAGACGCUGAGACCGGAAACAUGGUGGACAUCUACGGCUGUGUCUGGCGACUCAGGAACUGCAGAGUCAGUAUGGUACAGACACAGUCCCAGUAUGUGUUCCUCCAUGACUGCCUCCUGGACGCUCUGUGCCAUACAGUCCUCUCCACACCCGCCAGUCUCUAUGGCAUCGCUCAUCAACAGCUAAAGAAGAACUCCAACCUUGCUGUUGCCUAUCAGAAACUCUGCGAGUGCCCUGAGACUGACCAUGUGAGUGACGCUGCCAGGGACCUCGAGAACAUCGGAAAAAACAGAAACAAGGACAUUCUUCCUGGAGACAAGCAUCGCGCUACUCUGUCAACACGCGAAGCAGGGGGCACCGACUACAUCAAUGCAGUCAUCGCUCCGUCCUAUGAGAAGCGACGCGCGUUCAUCCUCACUCAAAUCCCACUGACGUCCACAGUUGUUGACUUCUGGCGUCUCGUCCACGACUAUGACGUCCGUGGCAUCGUCCUGCUGGAGAACUACACCGACAUGGACGCGAAGUGUGGCAUGUUCUGGGCCAAAGACAAAAAGCCGACCAAGUUUGGUCCCUUCAGCGUUAGUGAAGGGAAGAUUGAGGAACAUACCGGCUUUACUAUGGAGAAAAUCUGUUACAGCCAAGGGAACGAUGAAAGGGAGGUAACCGUGUUCCGUUCUCCCGCCUGGCCUAAGAAGAGUUCACUUCCGGAAUCACCAUCUAGCCUCCUCAGCUUGAUCGACUUCCUCAGACAGUGGAACGCUGGUGCUCCUUCACCCCUUCUAGUUGUCUGCAGGGACGGAGCCACCAGAAGCGGUCUCUUCUGUGUUAUUGCCAGCGCAGUGCAGCGCCUGCUGUUGGAAAAGGAAGUCGCCCUCCAGCAGACGAUACGCAGCAUACGUUUUGUCCGGAAACAAGUUAUUCCCAACCUGGAACAAUUUGAAUUCUGCUAUGACUCUGUGAAGGCCUACAUGGACAGUUUCCAGGAAUACUCAAACUUUGCUUGAGAUGAAGUUUCAUUGAGUUAGUUCGCUAGGUGUUCUUUGUUGAGUUUUCUUUCUUUUUUUCACUUUGUUACAAUUCCAUUAUGUAUGUUUUCUAUUUUAUCGUUUCUUGAAAAUGUAUUUACAAAUCUUCGUUUCUUUUUAAUUCAGGUCGCCUGUGAGCAUUGUUCACAUGACCGACAAUAAAUGCGAUGUCAGUAGCAAUACAAAUGUGAAAUUCACAUGCCUCUUUCCAGAUGGAUCUCAUUACUGUAAAUAUUUUGUGAGAGCAUCUUUCAAAGAACUGUUGUCAGUGUUAUCACAUAGCGAGGUGUAUGUUAACAUCGGGUGAACAAAGAACUGUUGUCAGUGUUAUCACAUAGCGAGGUGUAUGUUAACAUCGGGUGAACAAAGAACAGUUGUCAGUGUUAUCACAUAGCGAGGUGUAUGUUAACAUCGAGUGAACAAAGAACUUGUCAGUGUUAUCACAUAGCGAGGUGUAUGAUAUAGCGAGGUGUAUGUUAUAACGAGGUGUAUGUUAACAUCAGGGGAAAAUAGAACUGUUGUCAGUGUUAUCAUAUAACGAGGUGUAUGUUAACAUCGGGG